AUGGCCAUGAAGUUUGUUUUUGCCGCUGCCUGCCUCUUCGGCACGGCCUUCGCCGCCCAAGAAGACCACCUCGUCAGCCGAAAGCUGAACAAGCGUUUCAUCGACGAUGCCGGCAACUACAACAUCUCAUUUUACCACAUCAACGAUGUGCACGCGCACCUGGAUGAAUUCUCAUCUUCCGGCACCGACUGCACAAAGCCGGAGCGUGGCUGUUUUGGGGGCUAUGCGCGGAUCAAGACGGUGCUAAAGGAGACGCGCCCGUCGCAUCCGGACUCUCUACUGCUCAACGUGGGCGACGAGUUCCAAGGCACCAUGUUCUUCUCCUUUUACGGCGGGGAGAAGAUUGCCGAGACCCUUAACCAGAUUGGCUUCGACGCAAUGACACUGGGCAACCACGAGUUUGACCGGGGCGAUGACCACCUCGGCGAGUUCCUCGAGAACCUCACCUUCCCCAUCGUGAGCGCCAACAUCGUCUCGGACCACGCGGUCCUCAACCGCACCAUCAAGCCGUUCCACAUCUUUCCGCAAUACAACCUCGCCGUCAUUGGCGUCACGACCGAGACUACACCGGGCAUUUCCUCCCCUGGCAAGGGCACCAAGUUUACUGACCCGGUUGCGGCGGUGCAAAACACCAUCGACCUGAUCCGCGCAACAACCAAUAUCACUCGCCUCGCCGCCAUUACUCACAUCGGCUACGAUGAGGACCAGCGCCUGGCGCGGGGAACUACAGGUCUGCAUUUCAUAAUGGGCGGGCAUAGCCACACCCCCUUGGGAGACUUUGACGGCGCGGUCGGCCCGUACCCGACCAUCGUGGAGAACAAGGAUGGCGACGAGGUGUUCAUUGUGACGGCGUAUCGUUGGGGUGAGUAUCUGGGCUACAUUGAUGUGACCUACGACUCCCAGGGUAAGGUGCUGGCAUACCACGGCGCCCCCAUUCACCUCACCAACACCACGGCGCAGGACGAAGACCUGCAGGAGCAGAUUGACGAGUGGCGUGGUCCGUUUGAAGAAUACGCGAAGGAGGAGAUUGGUUUCACCAACGUGGUCCUCGACCAGUCGACGUGCCAGCAAAAGGAAUGUCUGCUAGGUGAUUUUGUCGCGGAGUAA